UCAGGCACAAUAUGAAUCGGUGGAAUUAGAUGGCUGACCAAUGGCUGUGUGUUAUUUAUACAAUUAAAAUGGCGGUAUCGUCAUUUGAAUGCUCAGUGUUUGUAUUCGUAGGUUGUCUCGCGCAUUGCCCUUAUGGACGUUCGUUUUUAUUUACCGCCAUAUAUACAAUAAGUUUCUUGAGAUUAUACGAUGCACUUUAAAUAUCCAUUUUAAGUGAGAUAUAAUGCAAGGAAUAAUUACUUCGCGCCAAUGAAAUUUCCAAACACUAGUUUGUGGUUGCAUUCCGCAGUCUAGUAAUGGUGAUUGUCAAAUUAUAUCUGUUUUAAAUUUCAUGCCUACUUUUACAGUAUGACAAAUAAUCAGGAUUCGAACUGUGUAAUUUCUGGUGUUUUGUAUCCAUUUGGGGUCGUGUUGGAUUUAUAACUUCAGACAGCAACGUAGAAGAUUUGGAUUUAAGGAUGGUGGGCGGGGCUGGAGCGGCGGUGACCGUGGCCGAUGUUUUGGAGCUGCGGUCUGCUGGUCUCACAGUGUCUGAAACGUGGUCUCUACUUUGUCAGGCCACCCAGGCGCUGCAAGAUCUCUUCUUGUCGAGUUGCGUGUUGCUGCAAAAGAUGGUGCCGAGGAUAACCCCGAGCAAUCUGCAGGUCACGCCGAGGGGUCGGGUCACGCUGGCGAUCUCGGACACGGAAUCUGGGGAUCUGUGUGAUGAGUUCUUGGCCCCUGAAUACAGACCUGGACUUCAGGCCACUUGCGAAGCAAGCUUGGAGAAGAUGCUGAUCUUCUCGCUUGGCAAAAGCCUGCAGCAGGUUGUGAAAGGCGCCGAGCAUGAACAAGGGAACCUGAAGUCUGUGUUGGAGUCCAUGGUCAGGCCCAAUCCCGCCACUCGCGCCUCGCUAAUGGACCUUCUUGAUGCGAUAUCCGAAUACUACAAAGCUCGUAUUGAGAGCAGACCAUUCUCACAUCUUAUGAUGGACUUGUACAGGGAAGCAUUGGAAACUACACCUCAGUGCCUUCCAGCCAAGGGAAAUGUGAUGCAACCUGACACUGUAAUGAGUUCAACACAGAGAAGGACUAAUAGCUUUCCCAAGGACUACCAAAGAAGACUUACUAGUGAAGAUGGACUUAUGAAAAUUAAGAAGAGCUGCUCACAGAACACUAAAACUGAACGGCCUCUUUCAAGAUGUCCUGUGCAAAGAGCUCCAUCUAGACUAUAUCGAGCUACAGCAGCAUCAUCAAGAGAGAUAGAUCCUCAUUCAAAAUAUUGCUGUCCCAACACUUGCAUUGGUCCUGAGUUCAUCGUAAGGGCUACGAAGCCCAGCAAAGAGAUCCGCAUUAAAGGAGUAAAGGCAACUUGUACUAAAAAAGUUGUAGUCAUAUCACUGAAUGGACAGAAGACGAAUGUGACAUGUGAUCCAAACACAGCAACUGCAGGACAGAUAUUUGAGGUUGUAGUAAUCAGUGAGGGACUUGAAGACAACUUCACAUUAGGUCUGGCAGCAUUGUUAGGUGGUGAAUUUGCGUUUCUACCUCCUGAAACAAAAUUACACAAAGUGGCACCUGCAGGAUGGUGUGGAGACUCCAAGAAACAUACUAUGCCAAGUUGUGUAUUUACUCUAUAUCUCAGGGUCAAAUUCUUCAUGCCAAGUCUCAGAGGAGUACGGAAUUGGACCAUGAAACACCUACUAUAUCUUCAGUUACGUAGGAGUUUGUUAGAGCAACAGAUACAGUGUGAUAUUGACCAACAUGUUGCUUUGAGUGGCCUUGCACUUCAAUCUGAGUUUGGAGACUACUCAGACCAGGAACAUGGGCAUGGGGACUACUUCUUACUGGAGCAUUACAUUCCUGAAAGCCUAAUUAUCCAACAUGAAGAUGAACAGACUCUGAGGAAACAAAUGCAGUUGCUACACAAAGAGAGGCAGAGUUUGGAUCCUGGAAGAGCAGAAGAGAUUUACAUUACUCUAGUUCAAAUGUUGAAGGGAUAUGGUUGUCAUUUCUACAAUGCAGUCUGGGUGGCAAAAGAUGGAAAUAACCAUGAAGUGCUGCUUGAGAUUGAUGCCCGGGGUUUGACACUGCAUAAAACUCAUGGGAAUGAGAGACAUCUGCAUGAAUUUUUUGCAUGGAAAAGAAUCCAGCUACUUUCAUAUAGCAAACAAUACCUCUUCCUCAUGCCUCAAUAUGACAAUAAGGGAAAUAUUAAGCCCACUAAGUACAAACUGCAAAUGGACCACAAAAAGAGUUCUUUUGUGUUUCAUCUUGCUUCUUUUCAUCACCAGAUUUCUAUGAAACUCAGGUCUAAUAUGAGCUCAUUGCAGUCACUCACAGCAGCAAAUCAGAGUGCGGAUGGGUACCAAGUCCUUGAUUGAUGUUGCCAAGGAGCAUCAUUCGUCAUAUCAAAAAAAUUGUGUUAUAGCAUCCAUUCCAAUAUUAGACACUUCUAAACAGUCAU